AAUCAUUAGCAGCUGAAGACUGCUGUUGAAAGAGCAGUUGGGAUGAUGAAUACAGAAUGAUAAUGAGAUUUGACUCCUUCCUCAUAUUGUAAGUCAAAGGACAAAGUAGCAGUUAUGUUUGGGUUCCGAUUAUGUAAUGGACAACUCCUGAUUUCAAAAACACUAUGUGGAAUUCAGUUUGCUUGAUGCGUGUUAAGUCAGGACUGAGUUUGACACACACUGCUCAUGUGAUGUCAAUUACCACGGUAGACACUGUGGGGGCGUGGUGCAAGCAGAGGCCCAAAGUCUGCCCUUUCAAAAGUGCAGAAGUAGGACCAACCCACUUUGUCUGACUGACAACUCUGCUCCAAUCAAUACCGUAACAAUCUUUGGAUAGCCUAUCGUAUCGUUGUUGGUGUGUAGCGGCACUCAUUUCCUCAGAAUGUAAAAUAGAAAAUCCAAGUAGCGGGGUAAUUUAUCAAUGGGUGGUCAACUGUUUGUCUACUACUGUAUAACAGAGUACAACAGUUUCAAGUUAUAAGAACAGGGCAUUUGAAUAGUUUUAAACUUUCUUGCGCUGCUGUGCCUCAGGUGACUUUUACUAGUGCCAGAACCGACAUUCCAGAAGUGACAGGCAACCGGACCGGUGUUGUUUGGAGGCGCUGCACUCGAUUCUUGUUUAAUAAAUCCAGACUCUACUACAAGGUGUUGGCCCUGUCCCCCCCCAACAAGUGAUGUUUGCCAAGGCAACCGCAAACUUUGUCCGUCAGAUCGACCCGGAUGGAACUCUGAUCUCUGUCUCCCGCCUUAAUGACUCAGACAAAUUGGUUCCCAUGGCGCUGAUUGUCAAGCGCAACCGUUUCUGGUUCUGGCAACAGCCCAAGUACCAGCCCUCUGGCUUCACACUCAGUCACCUGUUGUUAGGAGACAAAGAGCUCACUCCAGACGUGUCUGAGUCAGACUUCCUGUCCUAUGAGGGUAGGUUUGGAGACAACCUGAGUGGGAAGCUGGACGCCAAGGCUGGGAACGUCAGUGUCAGCUUGGAGGGGAGGGGCUCCUCCAACCUCCAAUCAUCAUUCGGCAAGCUGAAGAAGCAGGAUGUUGAUGUGCAGAAGCUACUGCUGGCCUCCAAUGACAGGAUGGUGGACAUGCAGCAUGUUCUAGUGCAGCAGUGUGAGAAGCAUACGGAGGUGUUUGCUGUGUUGAAGGAGAGGGUCCUAACCACCACCCCCUGCUCCAUCUCAGAACAGGUCCAGGAACAGGGCACCUGCCAGAGGGUUCUGGGACUACUGGGCAACCUGGGGACACAUGCUGUACAGGAGAAUGGCAGUAUAGAGAUGGACAGUGACGUUUCCUUGGAGAUUCCCCCUCUCACUGUCAUCGCCUACAGCCUCAUAGAGCUAGAGGUCAGGAAAGACGGACACUAUGAGCUGUGUCUCCAGCAUGGUACUCUUGGAGGAUUCGAGGCAGACUCUGGAAGGACCUCGCCGUCCCAGGAUUCCUUUGAUGCCCUGUGUGUGGUGGACGGGCUGGAGUGGACGGAGAAGGAGAUUCCUGAAGGAGCACCACUCAGCACACUGCAGAAAAACUUGCAGGGGUUGGACUUGGAGGUCUAUGCAGGUCAGUUAGCGGUUCUCCCAGAGUCGACCCGGUUAGCUCUGUUCCAAAGACUCCGGGAGGUUCUAGUGGACAGAACCACACUCACGGUUCUGGAACACAUGUUGGAGGAGUUGUGCAGAGGUGAGGAACCUGACCCUGCAGAGGUAAAGCAAUUAACUGUGACUCAAAACAAAUCUGCUUUCGCCCUAUUGGACCUGGUCCAGAAAGGCCCAACCAAUGAGAUACAGGCUGACAGAGCCUCCGCCUCCCCUCACCUGAUCGCCACUCACCUGCUGGUCAGCGCCUUGGAGGCGUUGCCUGAAGCUGCUCUGACUCUGCUGGGAGAAUCUAGCCCUGAUGUCCUGGAAGCUCUCAACACUCUGGUGACCAAGCUAAAGGUAAACAGUCAGCCCCUCCCCCUUGAGUCGCUGCCCCUCCCCCUACAGGAUGAGGGGGCAUUCCAUUGGGCAGAGCAGCUCCUCUUCUCCUCCAAAGUGACGCUGCGGAGAGAGACUGACAGGCUGUGGGCGGAGACAGGAAGAAAGCCAGGAGUUUUUCCAUUGGUCAUGUGCAUCGCGUUGCAAGGACUUACAUCUCUGUAUACUGGGAAAGGGUAGCAUGCAUAGAUGGAUGGAUGGGUAUGUUUAAAAUGUAUUACCUUUUGUAAAUUCCAGUGCAUCGCUUGUGUGUUUGCCCUAUAUACAGUCGUGGCCAAAAGUUUUGAGAAUGACACAAAUAAUAAUUUCCACAAAGUUUGCUGCUUCAGUGUCUUUAAAUAUUUUUGUCAGAUGUUACUAUGGAAUACUGAAGUAUAAUUGCAAGCCUUUCAUAAGUGUCAAAGGCUUUUAUUGACAAUUACAUGAAGUUGAUGCAAAGAGUCAAUAUUUGCAGUGUUGACCCUUCUUUUUCAAGACCUCUGCAAUCCGCCCUGGCAUGCUGUUAAUGAACUUCUGAGCCACAUCCUGACUGAUGGCAGCCCAUUCUUGCAUAAUCAAUGCUGGGAGUUUGUCAGAAUUUAUGGGUUUUUGUUUGUCCACCCGCCUCUUGAGGAUUGACCACAAGCUCUCAGUGGGAUUAUGGUCUGGGGAGUUUCCUGGCCAUGGACCCAAAAUAUCGAUGUUUUGUUCCCCGAGCCACUUAGUUAUCACUUUUGCCUUAUGGCAAGGUGCUCCAUCAUGCUGGAAAAGGCAUUGUUUGUCACCAAACUGUUCCUGGAUGGUUGGGAGAAGUUGCUCUCGGAGGAUGUGUUGGUACCAUUCUUUAUUCAUGGCUGUGCUCUUAGGCAAAAUUGUGAGUGAGCCCACUCUCUUGGCUGAGAAGCAACCCCACACAUGAAUGGCCUCAGGAUGCUUUACUGUUAGCAUGACACAGGACUGAUGGUAGCGCUCACCUUGUCUUCUCCGGACAAGCUUUUAUCCGGAUGCCCCAAACAAUCGGAAAGAGGAUUCAUCAGAGAAAAUGACUUUACCCCAGUCCUCAGCAGUCCAAUCCCUGUACCUUUUGCAGAAUAUCAGUCUGUCCCUGAUGUUUUUCCUGGAGAGAAGUGGCUUCUUUGCUGCCCUUCUUGACACCAGGCCAUCCUCCAAAAGUCUUCACCUCACUGUGGGUGCAGAUGCCCUCACACCUGCCUGCUGCCAUUCCUGAGCAAGCUCUGUACUGGUGGUGCCCCGAUCCCACAGCUGAAUCAACUUUAGGAGGCGGUCCUGGCGCUUGCUGGACUUUCUUGGGCGCCCUGAAGCCUUCUUCACAACAAUUGAACCGCUCUCCUUGAAGUUCUUGAUGAUCCGAUAAAUGGUUGAUUUAGGCACAAUCUUACUGGCAGCAAUAUCCUUGCCUGUGAAGCCCUUUUUGUGCAAAGCAAUGAUGACGACACAUGUUUCCUUGCAGGUAACCAUGAUUGACACAGGAAGAACAAUGAUUCCAAGCACCACCCUCCUUUUGAAGCUUCCAUUCUGUUAUUUGAACUCAAUCAGCAUGACAGCGUGAUCUCCAGCCUUGUCCUCGUCAACACUUCUGUGUUAACGAGAGAAUCACUGACAUGAUGUCAGCUGGUCCUUUUGUGGCAGGGCUGAAAUGCAGUGGAAAUGUUUUUUGAGGAUUCAGUUCAUUUGCAUGGCAAAGAGGGACUUUGCAAUUAAUUGCAAUUCAUCUGAUCACUCUUCAUAACAUUCUGGAGUAUCUGCAAAUUGCCAUCAUACAAACUGAGGCAGCAGACUUUGUGUCAUUUUUAAAACUUUUGGCCAUGACUGUACACUCAUUUUUUUUUACAUUUACAUUUUAGUCAUUUAGCAGACGCUCUUAUCCAGAGCGACUUACAGUAGAGUGCAUACAUUUUAUUACAUUAUUACAUUUUACAUACUGAGACAAGGAUAUCCCUACCGGCCAAACCCUCCCUAACCCGGACGACGCUAUGCCAAUUGUGCGUCGCCCCACGGACCUCCCGGUUGCGGCCGGCUGCGACAGAGCCUGGGCGCGAACCCAGCCCAGCCUGGGCGCGAACCCAGAGACUCUGGUGGCGCAGCUAGCACUGCGAUGCAGUGCCCUAGACCACUGCGCCACCCGGGAGGCGAACAAUGAAUUAUGUAUUUUUGGAGACACUUACAAAAAGCUGUAAGAGAAUCUACUUCAGAAUAUGAAAAUAAGACUUGUUUUCAGAAACUUUAAUGUGUUUGGAAAGAAAUUGAAAGCCGAAUUCGUUUGUGAUUGAGUCGACAUACGCAGCGUUUACCGUGAACGGCGUCUCCGCUAAAGCAGGAAAUUUGCCUUAAAAUGUAAAUCACGCUGUAAAGCUGAACUUAUGCAAUGCGGAUUGAAUAGAGCCCUCACAGUAUAUUACCUCUACAUUUAAUGUAGAAGUGUUUAUAAAUAUAUUAUAUUAUUAUUUACAAUAAAAGUGACUCAAAUGACACAAUGCAUAAUAUUGUAAUGAAGAAUGUUUGUUUCAAAUGCUUGUGUUUUUGUUUUUCACGUUUUGUGUUUGCUUUUCAUGUAUUGUGCAAUCAAUGUGUAUAUAGUUAUAGGUAACUACCAAAAUAAAGGAAACAUCAACAUAAAGCGUCUUAAUACAGCAUUGGUCCACCGCAAUCCAGAACAGUUUCAAUGUGCCUUGGCAUAGAUUCUACAAGUAUCUGGAACUCUAUUAGAGGGAUGCGACACCAUUCUUCCACGAGAAAUUCCAUCAUUUGGUGUUUUUUUGAUGGUGGUGGAAAACGCUGUCUCAGGCGCCGCUCCAGAAUCUUCCAUGAGUUUAUAAUUGGGUUGAGACCUGAUGUCUGAGACGGCCAUGGCAUAUGGCUUACAUAGUUCUCAUGCCCUGUGGAUGGGGGCAUUGUCAUCCUAUGGGGGCAUAGCCAUGGUAGUCAAAAUAUCCAGCAUUUUUAUACAUGACCCUAAGCAUGAUGGGAUGUUAAUUGCUUAAUUAACUUAGGAACCACACCUGUGUGGGAGCACCUGCUUUAAAUAUGCUUUGUAUCCCUGUUUAUAUUAUCUUGGCAGUUACCUGUCUAUUGCCUCUGUAAGACAUCAAGUCAAAGCAUAUUGCUAUUUGUGUA